CUCUCUCACACUUCCUUUAAUUCAAACUUGUUUCUCUAUCUAGGCUGUCUUCAUUAUAAGACACUCUCUUUCUAGGUAGAUAGCUCUUCUGGGCAGUGUUUUUACCGCCUAGUCAGAAUGUUUCAAAAAAAAGCUGCCAGCUUUUAACACCAACCCAACCUGUGGAGCUCAAAAAACCAUCCUUUACCCCUUUCUUUAAUCCCCAUUGCAUAUUACAUAUUCACAAGGAGAGGUCUUUCAAUGGAGUUCUUCCAGUUCCGAUGCCACUCAGAUUACAAAACAGAGUGUUAGUUUUAAACCCUGAUUUACUUUGCUGCAAGUUGGGUGUUUAACUGUUAAUCAUGUCCUUUGAUCGUAAGAAAGAGAGGCAGAGAAGUAAAAGUUGAUAUCUAGUGACUAGUGGCUACCAAAAACUCCUCACCACGAGUUUUGAGAUCCAAAUACUCAAAACUUCCUUUCCCUUUUCUCAUUCUUCACAACCAGAAACAGUGAUAGACACACUCACAGAGAGAGAGAGAGGGGGUUUAUUGUUCAAGGAUCCUUUUGUUUGGAGACUGAUAUUGUUCAUGGAUGCUUUUGUUUUGGACUGAUAUUGUUCAAGGAUCUGAGUCUUGAAUUUUUAUUAUCUGACUUUGGAUACAUGAGAACACAAGCUUUCAACUUGCAAGUCCUCGUCUCUUUUCUUCAGCCAAUCUUCUAAGCUCAACAAAUGCCGCGAUCAAGGGGCUCCGAAAUGGUUCAGAGGCCGUCUCCUCGAGGAGCACAUCAGCUCAGGACUUCAAGCUCUGAUUCAGAUCCACUCCAUCAUCGACCAAUCACUGACCGAAGUCCAAAGCUAGGAGAUCGUCGUUCCCCAAGAGGUUCACAAUCUGAUCCACUAAAUCAAAAGAAGCUUGGAACCCGCCUUGCUGAUUUAGAAUCACAACUUGGGCAAGCACAAGAAGAGCUAAGGAUUUUGAAAGAGCAGUUGGCUUCAGCUGAGGCUGCAAAGAAAGAAGCCCAAGAGAAACUGGAAAAGAAAAUUAAGAAACCAGUUGGGACUUCAGAGCCAGUGAAAAUCCAUGAAACGCAUCCCUCAUUGGAGAUUCAAGAUUCUAACAAGACAGACAGUUGUACCUCUGAGGAAGUUCCAGAUGACUGCCAAAGGGAAACUGAUGUUUUCGAAGUCCCUGUGGAACACGUCACAGUUGAGCCCAAGGUUGAACCUAGUGAGAAUGAUCAAGUGGAAGAAGAAACCAAACCAGUUGAUAUAUCAGCUGAACCACCAUCAGUUAUGGAACGAGAGAAACUGCCCUUACAUGACCUGGCUUUGAAGAAUGAUGAGAUAAACAUGCUAAGAGCUGAGUUGGAAGAGAAGGCAAAGGAGCUAGAGGUGUUUGGUCAAGAAAAUGAGGGUUUGAAAAAUCAGCUGAAUGAGGCAGCUUUAAAUUUCUCAUCUGCACAGGCAAAGGACAAGGAAAUGACCUUGAAGUUAAGCCAGCUUCAAGAAGAGCUGGAAGCAAGUAAGGCCAGUGCAGGCCAGUUGAAUGAGAAGCUGCAAGCAAUGGAAGGAGCAAAGGAAGCAUUGGACGCUGAGAUGAAGAAGAUGAGAAUACAGACAGAGCAGUGGAGAAAGGCAGCAGAUGCUGCUGCAGCAGUACUUUCGGGGGGUAUGGAGAUGAAUGGGAGGAUUUCUGAGAGGUGUGGCUCCAUGGAUAAGCACUUUGGUGGAGUGUUUGAGCCACCAGCUGGUGGCUAUGCUGGCUUUGUUGGGUCACCUGCUGAUGAUUUGGAUGAUGGAUUUGGAAGUGGGAAACGAAAGGGUUCCGGGAUAAAAAUGUUUGGUGACUUGUGGAAAAAGAAGGGCCAGAGAUAGAGAUACCUUUUUGCGUCUCUUGCCUACGCCCAUGCUUAACUUCAAAAAUAUGUUUCUGUUAAUGUGUUUGAUGGUGGCAAAACAGUUCCUUACCGUUUCACAUUCGGUAGGCAGUGUGCUUCAGACUACCGUCUUAGCCAUUGUUUUUCUUAGCAUUUUCGAAGGCUUUGUAUAAUUGUUUGAAAUGAUCUUGACAUGUUUUAUUUCAGUUUAUGAGUAGGGUUUUAGUAACUCUUCGCGAAUAAAUGGGAUAUUUUGUUGUUGGCUUACCUGAAUACAAUUCUCCAUCCCUAUGGUA